GACCCGCGGGCAGCGGAGCGGGCAGCCCGGGGCUCCCGGCGCUUGGAAGAGCUGGAGGAACGGAAACGCAAAGUGAGGCUCGGGAAGGACGCUGCCCUUGCAGCGAGGAACAGAGCCAGGGCUCCGUUUCCUCGCGGUGGCUUUGAGGCGACGGCACCGGUGGCAUUUCGCAAAAGCGCCUUGGGUUGGCAGGGCAGUGACACCUGUGACAGGACAGGAACGUGCCACCAGAUGAACGAAGAACUUCCGCGGCCGAGCUCUCCCGGCGGCUCCCGAGCCAAGAGCUGCGCGCGGGGAGGCACCAAAUGGUCUCUGUGAGCUGCCAGGAGCCGCUGCCCGCCCUGAGCGGCCCUUCCCUGCCGGAGAGCUUGGCCAGUGCCCUGCGGUGCAGGAUGCCACCGUCCCUGCCGCCGGGGCACGGCCACCCCGAGGGCUCCGGGCACGUCCUGGCGGGCGGCGGCGCCGAGGAUGUCCCGCUCUCCAAGGCGGAGCCCCCCAAAGCCCGGCUCAGCGAGGCUCAGCUCAGGCUGCCCGAGUUCCGCCUCGCCCGGGACUUCGUCCCCACGCUGGAGGAGAUCGAGGAGUUCCUCAGGGAGAAGGCAGAGCUCCCCAGGGACGAAGCGGGAGAUCCUCACCCCGCGGGGUGGAAGGUGGAGAGCAAAGCCGAGCUCGGCUCCGGGGCACGGCUCAUCCCCAGAGCGCCCCAAGGAGCAGGAGGACACGUCCCAAACAGCAUCCCAAACAGCGUCCCAAACGCUGCUGGUGACCGGGCAGUGGCUGCCGGCGGCAUUCCCGUUGUCCUGCAGCUCCAGCCUCUCCCGAUGGACAGCGUCACCCCUCCGGCACAGCCUGGGGGUGUCAGGGUGGCCCAGCUGCUGCUCAGCCUGCAGGGUCCAAACCUGCCGCUCCUCCCUCAGCUCCAGAGCCCCGGCGCCGUCCCGGACCAAAAGUUUGUCAGAAUUGCCCCGCUGCCGGUGGCCCCGGGCCCGGGGGACGCGCGGGAGGAGGGGGCAGUGCCCGGGUGCCAGCAGGGCUCCCCUCCCCUGCUCCGCACCCACCGCUGCUCCCACCCCGGCUGUGGGAAGGUUUAUUCCAAGAGCUCCCACCUGAAGGCUCAUUUCCGCCGGCACACCGGGGAGAAACCCUACACCUGUGCCUGGCCCAACUGCGGCUGGAGGUGAGUGGGGGGUCCCCCGGGGGUCCCCUCCAGGGUGGGGGGCUCAGAAUUUGUAGGGAGAAUCCGCAGCCCCCCGGGGAAAGCAAAAAGCUUCCCUGCCCAAGUGACGCUGCUCCGGGCUGGAUGUGGAGUUCCAGGAAAGCUUUCCCACCCAGGCUCCUGGCCCGUGGCCUUUGCCCGCUGCCAGCCUGAGCUCUUUUCCCAAAAAAAAACCAAAAAACAAGCCCAAUUCUUCUCCUCAGCGUCUGGGCCUCUCUGCUGCCGGAAGGUUCCAGCAAGGGAAAACAAACGGAGGAAGUAGGUGGACAGCGUCCUUUGAGGGCAAGGGAAAGCAAAUCCAGACCUCAGUGGGCGAAUUCUCCAUUCCCAAACCCUUGGAGGGACCGACCUCGGGAGCAGGGGGUGCCUCUGCCUCCUCUGGAGGGUUUGGGGCAGCCCUGAGGCC